UGCCGUUCCUAUAAGCCUAUACUAUCUCAAUACAACUCAUUCUAACAACAACACCUAUCGGAACCUCAAUACUAUAUAUAUUUAUAUAUAUUUUCUCAUUCACCACCUCUGAUCUUUCGGCCGCGGCGGCGCUCUUCUGUGUCCGCCACGGUCGUAUUCAUUACAACACAUCCAUCCCUCCAUCCCUCUCUUCUCUUCUCACAUUUUCUUAUAUUUCGCAUUCCCAUUUCCAUUUCUUAAUUACCGUCGGGAUUAACGAUGGGAGAGGUAGUGGGCGAGAUGAAAGACAAAUACCCUCCCUCCUCCUCCUCCUCCUCAUGGGAGUCAGAGAACGAGGAGAUCCAGCGUCUGGAGCACGCGCCGCCGUUCUGGCGGAACCGCAGGAAGCUGUCCAAGCAGCUGUCCAUGUGCGAGACUCCCCGCGACGUCGCGUGGGAGAGGCGCCGCCGCCAGAUCCUCCACCAGGAGAGGAGGAAGAGCGACGCCGAGUGUUUGACGGACGAUGACCUGAAUGAGCUCAAAGGGUGCAUUGAGUUAGGAUUUGGAUUCAAAGAGGAAGAAGGGCAGCGCCUAUGCAACACCUUGCCGGCGCUCGACCUCUACUUCGCCGUCAACCGCCAGUAUUCUUUCAGCCCGGUGUCCACGCCGGGGAGCAAGGGCGGCGGCACGUUGCCGUUGCCCUCGCCUUCGGCAUCGUCCGCGGGAGGGAGGUCCUCGUCUUUGAGUAGCCCCGGCAGUGAUUCAGAUUCAUGGAAGAUCUGCAGCCCAGGUGAAAAUCCGGAACAUGUUAAGACCAAGUUGAGGCAUUGGGCACAAGCGGUUGCAUGUUCUGUGAUGCAGUCCUACUGAUGAAAGACUGGGAUAAUGCCAUUGUAUAGAGAGCAACACAACGACAGGGAUAGAGAUUUUCACAGAGGUACAGCAGCUGAUCAUAUAUUUUGGGAAAGAAGGAGAAGAUGAUGACGAAGACUACUAUAAACUGCAUUUUGGAAAAUUUUUCAUCAUAUUAAAGAGUGUUUUACCUCUUAAUUUUGAUCGAGAUAUAUAUACAUUACAGUGGUUUAUGGUUAGUCGGGAUUCAAUUUCAGAUGAAACUACAAUGAGAUGCCGCAUUGUAAUGUGAAUGCACCAUCCUGAGAGUAGCCCCCAUUGGUAGUUGAGUUGAGAAAUUUGAUUGUAUAGCGAAUGGUACCAGCAGUAGUUUGUCCAUUAAGAUUAUAUAUAUUCGCUUAUGUAUUGACUAUAUUACUUUUAUUUUUUCAUGCAUCCUAAUUAUUAGAUGUGACAGCAUCAACUUUGUAAUUUAGUUUUUGGGGAAGUGAAUUGCAGAUUGUAUAUAUGAAAUAUAUUGCACAAAUGAUAUCUACUUCUUUCAACGUAA